AUGAUCCUCAGUUUUGAUAUGAGUAAUGAGAAAUUUCGUAUAAUAGAAUUGCCAGAUUUUGAUGCUUUGGGUGAUGGAGACUGGGACCCCGAAGAUUAUUCGCUUCGCCUUGCAGUGUGGAAUGAUUCGGUUGUGAUGUGUUUCACCCCUAUUGGUCAGAGUAUUCUUUCUAUCUUCAUCUUGAAGAAAGACGUAACAGGUGAUUAUUUUUGGACUGGGGAGAUUGGACCGCUAGAAAAGCAUUCCGGACAUUUUCUACCAUUCUGGAAGAAUGAUGAGAUUUUAAUGGAAGUCUUUGACAAUGAUGGAAAACAACAUUUGGUUUCUUGCAACAUUCGUACUGAAGAGUUAAGAAGUGUUGAUUAUGAUCUAGUUAAAAAUGGAAGAUUUUAUGAUACAGUUCCGAUAUAUGAAAAGAGUCUGAUUUCUAUUAGGAGAUGAAGAAGUUCAUUUCCAAACACAUCUCUGGUUUGGUUAGACUUGUAGAAAUCAAGUUGAUUUUCUGAACCAAGUUGUUUCUUGUUUAAUUCAUUGUACUUUGGAAUAUUAGACUGUUUGGAAACUUAAAAGUAGCACAAUGGAAAAUGAGAAUUGAAAUAA